AUGAUUAAAGCGAGAGCGAUCAAGGAUAUGGACCCAGUAACGUUAAAGGUCAGGGACUGGGCUGGCGGAAAGGAGAAGAACAUAAGAGAUCUUCUCGGCUCAUUAAAUGAUGUUCUAUGGGAGGGUGCGGAGAAAUGGCAGCAGCCGCGAAUUGGAGAUUUGCUGAGUGCAGCACAAGUAAGGCGAAACUACUACAAAGCAUGUCUGGUUGUGCAUCCUGACAAGCAAGUUGGUGAGCCACAUGAGGAGCUUGCACGGGCGAUCUUCACUAAGUUGAAAGAGGCAUGGAAUGCUUUUGAGAAGAUUGGUGAUGAAUUGCUAUAG